AUGACGGUGACCACUAACUUCUCGAUGAUGCGACCUUGCUUCACUGGAUACCCUUUUCAAGAUUUGGGAUCGAUACCAGGCCAAGGACGCGUCAAUCAGCUAGGCGGUGUGUUUAUAAACGGGAGACCACUGCCUAAUCACAUUCGACUGAAAAUCGUCGAGAUGGCUGCUGCUGGUGUCAGACCUUGCGUCAUUUCGAGGCAACUGAGGGUGUCACACGGAUGCGUCUCGAAGAUCUUGAACCGAUAUCAAGAAACCGGAAGCAUCAGGCCAGGCGUGAUCGGCGGCAGCAAGCCCAGAGUGGCCACGCCGGAAGUGGAGGCCAGGAUCGAGGAAUACAAACGCGACAAUCCGGGAAUCUUCUCGUGGGAGAUCCGGGACAGGCUGAUCAAAGAGGGAAUCUGCGAUAGAACCAGCGCCCCCAGUGUUUCCGCCAUCUCAAGGCUCCUCAGAGGUCGCGAUCCCGAGGACGAAGCUAAACUUGGCGACGGGAAGACCAGUUCCGGAUCCGACUGCGAGAGCGAACCAGGGAUUCCUCUGAAGAGGAAGCAACGCAGGAGCAGAACGACAUUCACUGCCCAUCAGUUAGACGAAUUGGAACGAGCUUUCGAGAGGACUCAGUACCCUGACAUUUAUACCAGGGAAGAACUGGCGCAGAGGACGAAGCUAACCGAGGCUAGAAUCCAAGUGUGGUUCAGCAACCGAAGAGCCAGGCUCAGGAAGCAGUUGUCCUCUACCACUUCCGGUGGUUACGUCAGCUCCGUGGCAUAUCCUGCAGCUUCUUACGUUCUUCAUCCCCCGGCACCGCCUCAUCCGCACGCAGCGACAGCCGUUCCACCGAGUCAUCCUCAUCCACACCCUCAUGGACAAACCUUGCCAGACACCACCUUCUCGUCCAGUCAAGUUCCAGAGCUGUACUCCUCGCACCACGGCACGAUGUCCCACCAGCUGACGUCAGAUUCCAGUCGUCUGCCCUCAUCGGUCGGGUCCACGCCGACCUACGGUCUUCCGGCGUCAGUGACCUACCCCAGUUCCCUGCUGCCACCGACAUCGUCCACCAGCACCACUCACAUGAGCCACCAAGUGUCCCCGGUGGCCGCGUCCUCGACCUACCAGCAGGCCAGUGGCCACCAGCUCCCACCGACCCCAAACUCCCUGGUCACCAUGAUGGGCCCAAACUCAGGCAGCUCGAACCCGGCGUCGGACCAGCUCACCUCGUCGGAUCUGCCCAUCAGCUCGGUGUCACCUGUCCAGCAGCAGCAGCAGCAGCAACAGCAAGGCAGCCAGGGGAGCACCUCGCCGUCCUGGAACCUGCCCAUCUCUGCUGCAGGAAGAGUCGGUCUCCCCAGUCCACCGACUGGUCUUCAGCAACCACACGCGCACACGGCACAUCCCCAUCAAGCCUUCGCCAGCCACUAUGGCGCCCAGGGAUUCCAACAACCGCCUAGACCUGCUCCCCAUCAACCGUUCUACAGCUGGUACUGA